GUAGUACAAUUCAAUAACCUAAAAUAAAUAUCUUAUUUUAAAGCAGGAAGAUUCAGAGACAAGAGUCAAAGUUUCUAUUGCCAUAUAACGUUUAAUGGCAAACUAAAUAAAAUCUUACUUGUAAAUUAUAUUGUUUAAAUAGUGAAUUAGAUAAAUUCUCGUUCGCAAGUGAUACAACUGAAUAACGACGUUAGAAAUACUUUUUGUUUAGAUAACGCGAUUUAAGGAUGAGUUUCGAGUGAUAUCGUAAAGAAAGAAAUGUAUGUAUUGCGAUAAGCUCUUCGCGCUCAGCGUUAUUCGACACACAACAACAUGGCGCCUGGUACAGGGGAUCUCACGGAUUUGCAGAAGGAUAUUUUUGCAAAGAUUAGCAGCAAUGAAGUGCGCGAACUCAAGAGACUGCUGGCGUCGAAGAAAAUUAAAAUGGACUUUGUGGAUGAGAAUGGCAUGAGUCCGCUCCAACAUGCCUGUUACAAGGGAAAUAAGGAAAUCGUGCAAAUGCUGCUGGAUCAGGGCGCAGAUGUGAAUGCCUGCCAGCAUGAGCACAUGUAUACCGCACUUCAUUUCGCCGCUCUGAGUGGAAACGCUGAGCUGUGUCACCUUCUGAUGUCGCAUGGGGCACGCUUGACCGCGACGAACAGCGUCGGCAGGACGGCCGCUCAGAUGGCAGCGUUUGUCGGGAAUCACAACUGUGUAGCGACUAUCAAUAACUUCAUUCCAAAGGCUGAUAUAGAUUACUACGUCAAGCCACAGGGUCUACAGGCGGAACCUAUGUUACCGCUGCAUCUAGCAGAGCAGUUUCACAAAUUUAUAAUGCAGGUCAAUGUGCAUCCUGUACGUGUAUGCAUAAAUCUGCAAGGAUUCCCGGCUCUUCUGGAAAAUGCUGCAAAAAUACAAAAGGUAUUAGAAUCCAUGCGGUACAGAGAAAUGACGCGGGGCGCCGACACGAAUGAAGUCAUGGCUUUCAAAUACCAUUACCUGAAUUGCGUCGUGGCCGAGGUAGUGAAAUGCCAAAAGCGACAGGAGGCUAUAAAGACGGAGAAGAGCGAGAAGAGCAACGAAGAGAAGAAGUCCGACGUAGUGGAGCUUCUGAUACGGAGGCUUUUGAAAUGCAGCAAGAGCGACGGCCUGCCCGAGUACCAGGAGGCGUUCCUGCGGGAAUCCGUGAGAGAGUUUCCGUUCCGAGAGAGCACGAUUUUUCGGCAGAUGGUCGCGACGUUGGCGAGCACCGACCCGCCGUCCGCCGUCUCCGUGGUCUCCGCUGCGAUCAACGGCCAGCGUGGCUUCUCCGAUAACGCCCAGACCUGCGUGACCUGCGGCGAGGAGAAGGCCACGAAGAAAUGUAGCAAGUGCAAGGCGGUGCAGUACUGCGACAGGGAGUGCCAGCGAUUGCACUGGUUCAUGCACAAGAAGGCGUGUGCCAGACUGGGUCAGUCCACGGCUAACAACGGGAAGCUUACGGAUGUGGAGAAGAAAGUACAGAGUACUGCGAACGAUGUCCAGGCAAGCGUAGAGAUCGAUGCCGUUACUUCUACGCUAAAGGACAUAGCUGUCGAAUAAGCUAUCGUGUUUCGUGUAUAAAUUUAACACUAAUUGUGAUUUUCUGCGAAUGGUGCCAUUCCAGCACCGUCUAGUGUUGCGCAUUGGUGAAUGCACUACGCUACGUCUAUGUAUACCCGCGGAUGUUUAUUUUGUUUUCCUGUAUAUAGUCAUUCUACAUAUAGAAUCGAUGGAUCUUCAUAUGUGUGUGCCUAUCGUACCUACUACUGGGAACUAACGACGCCAUUAUUUCUAUUUUAUUUUAAUCAGAAUCAUUGAGAUUGAGUAAACUUUUUUUAAGCCUUUAAACGAAGCAUUUCUAUUGGUAUCAUACAUGUGACUAUCAUCAAUCCUUGAUAAACCCGGAAAACCGUAAGAAAGCACGAUGUUGAGCAACUAAAUGCGAUUAUAAUAACUUAUAAGUUAUUUGUUGGUGUGCAAAGGUAUUGUAUACUCCGAUUUUUCUGUUCCUCUUUGAAUUGUUGGACUUUUUUAAAUCAACUGACUUUUAUAUAAUUCUGUACUUCCUCGUAAUUUUCCGGUGAAAUUGCCAAAUAUAUUUAUAAGUUACUGUUAUUUUUAUCAUACGUAUACGUACGUAUGUGCUUUUAAUGUGACUAAGCACACAUCUAUUAGUAUUAUAUUUUAGAAUAAUAUUUUCUUAAAAAGCCUUUAGGAUGGUCCGUGUCAUUGUCAGAAUAAAAUAUGUUCACUUAUAAUUGACAUAAUGACAAUUGUGUACUAUCCUGUUCACAUAUUUUACUAAAUAUGUAAUAAUUAUCGUGUAAACAAUGAUAUGGAGACAACAUCUUGUUUGUUGCGACACAAAGUUUCAUCUGUCAAGAAAAUAAAAUUCUACCAGGAGGAGUCGAAAUGA